AUGACAGAAAAGCAAAUUCCUUAAAAACAUUUUGUAGAACAUAAGGCUAAAUCUUAAGGAUAAAAAACAAGAUUUUUAAAUGAUAAAGAGGAUCCAGCACAUCCACCUCAAAUGAGAAAUGCAUAACGGUUUUUGUAAUAUUUAAUAUCUAUUAAACAAGUCGUAAACCUAAGACUUCUUAAGAGAUGAUUAUGCUACCACAACCAUCAAUAUAAUAUGUUCAACCUGUAAAUAUAUUUAUUUUAAGGUUUAUAGUAUGUCCCUAAACCUACUCCAAUUCCAGAAGCCAUAAAAUAAAUAGACAAGAAGAUUAUGGCAUAUAGAAGAUUAAUGGAAAGAGAAAGAUAAGAGAAGUUGAUGAGAGAAUAAUAGGAAUAAGAAAGAUUGUUAGAAAAUGAAGAUGAUUAGAAAAGAGCCUUAGAUUUUAUGACAAAUCCUCAAAUUCAGGUAGCUGAAAUUUAGAAUGAAGAGACAUAAUAAGAGGAAAUAGAAACAAUAGUUUAAGAAAAUAAAUAAUAAGAAUUAAUUAUAAAUCGAGAUGACAAUAAAUGUUCAUACUCAGAAGCAGUAAAAAAGAGAGAAUAGAUUUAUGAUCAUACUUUAUAAAGAAUGUAUGAAAAGAGAUAGAAUCCAGCUUUAUUUGCUGUAAAUUAUGCAUUUUAAUUAGAGAAAUUAAAAAAGAAACCUCCUAUUUUGAACAUUACAACAAGGAAUAAGAUUACAAAAGGUAAUGGUAAAUUAGAUCCUGAAGAACAUCGAUUAAGAGUUUAUAAUAGAGAGAAUGUGCCUAUCAUGCCAGAACUAAUAAUUCCAUCAUUCACUAUUAAAAAAGACUAAAUGGCCAAAAAUAUAUUAGCAUAUUUGGUAUUUAAAUUUAUUAAUAUAAAUUAUUAUAGAAAGAAUACACUCCUCUUUUUAGAGGUUAUAAAAAUUAUGAAUAUCCUAAAUGUGUUUAAAAUAUACUUCAAGAAGAAAUAGAAUCACUUCCUAAUUAAUGA